AUGGCGCGACAACAAGCACCCACGAUGGGUUGGGAGCUGACGGAGAGAGAGGACCAGACGACACCACUACCGAAGGUUUCACCACUGAACCUCACUGGGACAGACCAAUACUGUAAGUAUUCCCCGGCUCGGCUGACAUACUGGUCCAAUAACGUCCAGGGACUCAAUACACCAGAAAAGCGCGCACACCUGCACCGACGGCUGUGGACAGCAAAAGCGUCCGUGGUGUUCCUGCAGGAAACACACCUCAGAGGCAGAGGUGCACCCAAGCUGGAAAACCGAUGCUACCCACAGGGAUUCUACGCGAACCGAACUGACGCCAAGAAAGCAGGGGUGGCGAUUCUUAUCGCACACACGACACCAUUCCAAUGCACGGAAACCCAAGCAGACCCCAACGGACGAUAUCUAUUCCUCAAGGGGACAAUCGUAGACCAUGUAUACACCUUCGCCUGCCUGUAUGGGCAAAACAAACAACAGCACACCUUCUUGAGCAGGACACUGACCAAGCUGGAGAGAUUCAGGGAGGGCCUGUUGGUGAUGGCUGGAGACUUAAACCUGCCACUGGACCCCCAAAUGGACACCUCCAGAGGCCAGAGCGCGAUCCCCACACACUGCCUGCAUGCGGCACAAUGA